AUGGAUGCCCAAGUCAACAACGAGCAGCCCAAGAUGGGCAACUUCGUCUACGACGCUCCGAAGAGACACUCCAUAUCUCGUUCUCCUCCUGACAGCCUCAGGGGUGAUCCCGAAACCCCCGACACUCCAGACGAGGCUGGAACCUUGUUCGGGGAGCCUGUUGCCACCUCGGGGGCCCAGGUCUCUUCUUCUGCUGCUGCUGGAGCCACUGCGGUUCUCAGCACUUUCACCCACUUUCCCGCCAGUUCUCUCUCGCCCGUCAACGAGAUUGGCACCGCUGCCUCAGGCAGCUCGCAAGCUCGUGGCCGUGAGGUUCCUGGCCGUGAUACUCCUCGCUUCAUCGGAAGCUUUUCUGGUUUCGGCAACCAAUCUUCGCAGAUCUGGGCGCCUACCCGUCUCGACCAGGGCACCACUUCUGCUGCUGCUGCUCCUGACAACCAAGCUGCUGCUGCGACACACGCUCGCUGGGGCUCUUUGGACGCCCACAUGAACCAGAGAGAUGGCUUCGUUCGCCGAGAGAACCCCAUUUCUCGCCCAUCGCCCUUUGCGGCCUACCAGACUCGCUUCCCUGCUGCGGUCAACACGCCCCCCAACGUGUUCCGCCCAGUCAACUCCCAGGGUCUCACCCGUCAGCCGUCUGGCUAUUCCACGAUUGCGCAGCAGUAUUCGGGUCCCCGCUACAACCACGAAGCUGGAGUCACUGUCAUGAAUCGCCGGAUGUCUGCUGCUUCCAACGUGGCUGACUCUUCGUUUGAUCUUUCGGAGCUUCAAAACUCUCUCUUCAGCUCUGCUGAUAAUGAAGCCGCUGUCAGCCAGCCUCUUGGAAUUGACAUCCUUCGCCUCUCUGCUCCUGGAGCUGCCCCCCUCCGCCAACUUUCCUCCACUACUCGCCCUGCUGGCCCUGUUGGCCCUGCUAUCCCUGCUCGCCCUGCUGCUCGUCCUGCUCAGGUGUCCGCCAAUGCCCCAACUGGAGGCUUUCUGCCCAUGCAGGCUGUGAUGCAGCAGACUCCCUCUCGAGCCUUCACGGCAGACAUCUCCCCCUACGGUCCCAGCACGGCCACGUUUUCUUCUCGCUACCACGGCAUGCACACCGAGACCAAUGCCAGUGCCGAGCAUCUCGCUCCUGAUGAGAACUGCGCUCUCUGGCUGACCAAUCUCCCUGAAAGAACGAGCAUCCACCAGCUCCUCACGAGCAUUCGCAACGUCGGCCGCAUCUGGUGCACGUAUAUCAACUACCCCGACUUCAACGCUCAUACUACGGCAGCCGCCAAGGUUGUCUUCUUCACUCCCGAGGCCGCCCAGCAGCUGCUCAGCAUCUCGUGGACCCGAGGCCUCUUCAUCGAGAAUCACCGCGUCAGGGUCUCUCACAACCGAAUCAAGUACGGCAGUCACGCCGUCGCUGGACGCAUGUCUCGCGUCCUCAUUAUCACCGGACUCGCCGAGUUUGUCAACGAAGCCUCUCUCACCAAGUUCUUCAAAGACAGGUUCAUCUUCCAGCUCGACGAGGUCACCCAGCUCAUCAGAGCCGGCGGACGAGCCGUCAUGGAGUUCAAAUUUGGUAGCUACCGCUGCCAGUCUCAAAUGGGGAAGAUGUCCCUAGAAAAGGACCGCCCUUAUGGCCUUAAGAAGGUCGAGUUUGGCGACGAUCCUUGCGAGGUCGGCGACACCAUGUCGUCGUAUGGCAUCGCCGCCGAACGCAUCCAAGGCCGAGGCCUUUGA